GAAUCAUUAAAAAUGGGUAGUUACAAUUAUUACAAAGUGUUGGGGUGUUUUAAUCGCAAGUUUAAGAUCAGCGAGACGGGUCCACCGCCGGACGUUAGCAAUGCAUUUUCGUUGUAUACCGAAAAAGGAAUCCAUAUGACAGGGGAUCAAUUGGGACGGUUUAUGGUUGAGUAUCAAGGUGAGAAAGAGUGCACCAUUAAUGAUGCUGAACAAAUUAUACAGGAAGUUGUUAAUCGGCGGCAUCAUCUCACCAAGUACACUAAAAAUGCACAUUCUUUUGAACUCGAAGAUUUCUUCUAUUAUCUAUUUCAGGAUGAUCUCAAUGCCCCUAUCAAAUCUCAGGUACAUCAUGAUAUGAAUGCUCCAUUGCAACAUUAUUUCAUUUAUACAGGUCACAAUUCCUACCUUACUGGAAAUCAACUGAGCAGCGAUUGUAGUGAAAUUCCAAUCAUUAGAGCUCUGGAAAGAGGUGUGCGGGGAAUAGAGCUGGAUUUAUGGCCAAAUUCAGCAAAAGAUAAUGUGCAUGUUGUUCAUGGAAGGACCCUGACAACGCCCGUGCCACUCCUUACAUGCUUAAGAUCCAUUAGAGACCAUGCAUUUAUUAAAUCUCCUUAUCCUGUCAUAAUUACGUUAGAAGACCACUUGACGCCAGACCUUCAAGCAAAAGUUGCAGAGGCGGUUAUCCAAGUCUUUGGGGAGAUGCUGUAUUAUCCUCGGUCAGAAUGCUUAGAGGAAUUUCCUUCACCUGAAGAGCUUAAGCAUCGGAUUAUACUUUCUACCAAACCACCCAAAGAGUAUCUUGAGUCGAAGCAUCACCGAGACAUAGAAAGUGCAUCUCCUGUGAAGAAAGAUUCAGUUGAAGGGGACAUUUUGGUCAAGGAGCCUUCAGAAGUUAAAACAGAAGGACAUGAAGCUAAUUAUAAGAACGAUACUGAUCAAGAUGAUAAAGAUGGUGAUACCUCCAACUACCAAGCAUCUGAGCAAGGAGCACCUCAUUACAAACGUCUGACAGCAAUUAAUGCUGGGAAGGCCAAUAGUGAAUUGAAGCAUGAACUAAUACCAGAAGAGUUUAAACAUCAAACAGUUCAUGCUACCAAAUCACCCAGAGAAGAUCCUGACCUGAAGCAUGCCAGAGACAAAGAAAAUGCAACUAUGGCGAGGAAAGAUUCAGUUGAAAGGGACGUUUUGGUCAAGGAUACGCCAGAAAUUAUAGUCAAAGAACGUGAAGCUGAUGAGAGGAAAGUUAUGGAUCAUGAUGACAAAGAUAGUGAUCCCUCAAACCAUCGAUCAUCCCAGCUAGGAGGACCUCAGUACAAGCGCAUGGUAGCAAUGCAUGCUGGAAAGGCAAAUUAUGACUUGAAUAAUGCACAAAUACCUGAAGAGCUUAAGAAUGGAACUCCUCUGUCUCCCAAGCCGCCCAAAGAAUAUGUUGAGUCAAAGCAUCAGAAAGUCAGAGAAAGUGCAUCUCCAGUCAGAAAAGAUUCUGUUGGAAAUGACCUAUUGGUCAAGGAGACUUCAGAAAUUAAAGCAAAACAUGAAGUUCAUGAGGGGAGUGAUAUAGAUCAAGAUGACCUAGGAAGUGAUCACUUUGACUGUCGGUCAUCGCAGCAAGGAGCACCUCAGUACAAGCGCCUGGUAGCAAUUAAUGCUGGGAAGGCAGAAUGUGGCACGAGGAAUUCAUCAACACCUCAAGAGCUUAAGCAUCACAGAAGUAGAGAAAGGAAUUCACUUCAAGACUUACUGGUCAAGGAUACUUCAAAAAUCUUAGACGAAGGACAUGAAACUGAUGAGAGGAGUGAUACUGAUCAAGACGAUGAAGAUAAUGAUACCUCCAACAACCAAUCAUCCCAGAAAGGAGCACCCCAGUACAAGCGUUUGAUAGCAAUUCGUGCUGGGAAGGCAAAACAUGGGGUGAAGCGUGCACUAACAGAUGAGGUUAUUAAAUUCAAUCGUCUAAGUUUGGAUGAACAUGCACUUGAAAAAGCUGCAACAAAUCAUGGAAAGGAUUUAGUCAGGUUCACUCAAAGGAAUAUUCUGAGGGUGUUUCCCAAGGGAACACGAGUUACCUCCUCAAAUUUUAAACCUAUGAUUGGCUGGAUGCAUGGAGCUCAGAUGGUUGCAUUUAACAUGCAGGGAUAUGGGAAAGCACUCUGGAUUAUGCAUGGGAUGUUUAGGUCUAACGGGGGCUGUGGCUAUGUACGAAAGCCUAGUUUUCUCAUGGAAAGAGGACCAUAUAAUGAAUUAUUUGAUCCCAAAGUGACAUUGCCGGUGAAGAAAACUUUAAGGGUCAGAGUAUACUUGGGAGAUGGAUGGCGCAUGGAUUUCAGCCACACGCACUUUGAUGCCUUUUCUCCCCCAGACUUCUACACAAAGCUAUAUAUAAUUGGAGUUCCAGCAGAUGCUGCAAAGAGUAAGACCAGGAUAAUAGAGGAUGAUUGGGGUCCUAUAUGGGGAGAAGAGUUUAAAUUCCCCUUGACAGUGCCAGAGCUGGCUUUGCUUCGGAUUGAAGUACGAGAAUAUGAUAUGUCAGAUAAGGAUGAUUUUGGAGGCCAGACAUGUUUGCCUGUUUCCGAGUUGAGACCUGGAAUCCGAGCAGUCCCUCUCUAUGACAAGAAGGGUGAAAAACUUAAAUCUGUUAGGCUGCUUAUGCAAUUUCGAUUCAUCUGAGGUGCAAUUUCGUUCUUUUUCUUGGUAGGAUUUUGUCCAAAAUGACAAAAGCUCAAUUCUAUUUUGUUAUUGUAUAUCCUUGGCGGGAUUCUCGUACAUCCAGUUCUUUUUGUACAAUGGAUGUGAAGUUACUGUAUUAGAAAGAGAAAGAAAAACUUAAAGGAUGAAGUUGUUGAUUGAGUCUGUGACAUUGUUUU